CGGGCGCGAGCCUCCGCCUCCUGGGCGGGUGCUUCCUGUGGCCGCCGCCGCCGCCGCCGCCCGGGGGCCGCGGGAAGCCUGGCGGUUCCGGGCUGUGGGAGGCCCGGUUUUGGUUCGGAUCCGCCGCGAGGUAUCUAGCCUGCCAAGAUGCCAGGGCCAAGACCUCGGAAGGGCCCUAAGACCAGAGGCCAGGGUGCCGAAACUGCAAAGCAGCUGGGUCUUUUUGUGGAGUUCAACACUGAGGACAUGCUCCUGGGGAUGGAUGAGCCUGAAGAUGAGGGCGACCUGGAGGCUGAGCUGUUGGCUCUCACUGGGGAAGCAGGGAGCACAAGCAGGAAGCCAGCACCCAAGGGCCGUGCCCCCCUGCCCAUGGCCCACAUUGAGAAGUUGGCAGCAGACUGUAUGCGAGAUGUGGAGGAGGAGGAGGAGGAAGAGGAAGGGCUGGAGGAGGAUGCAGACCUGCUGACAGAGCUGCAGGAGGUCCUGGGCGUGGAUGAAGAAACUGGCCUGCUCGAUGGCAGUGAGGCAGCAAGCCCAGACUUGUCUGAGGAGACAGCACAGGACGACACUGAACAACCUGGCGUGCAGACAGCCUCCCAACAGGCUUUACCUGCAAUGCCUCAGGCUGGAGGGCCUCGGGGGCUGCAGGCUUUGCUGGAGGAACGGAUCCAUAACUACCGGGAGGCCGCAGCCAGUGCCAAGGAGGCUGGUGAAGCUGCCAAAGCCCGGCGCUGUGAGCGAGGCCUGAAGACUUUGGAGUCCCAGCUUGCCACUGUGAGGAAAGGCGGGAAGAUCAGUGAGGAUGAGAUUCCACCUCCAGUGGCCUUGGGCAAAAGGCCCCCACCCCACCAGGAGAUAGCCAAUAGGAACUCUGAGACAGACUCUUCCUGUGCCAUGGAGCCAGACAACCUUUUCCAACCUGAGACCAGCCUCCCAGACAGCUCUGCCAUUGCCCCCCUGCCUGAUGCGGACCCAGACCCACAGGCCCUGUUGUUAGCCCGACAGAGAGAGUACAAAGUAGCUGCUCUCAAUGCCAAGCGGGCUGGAGAUCUAGAUCGUGCCCGGGAGCUCAUGAGGAUUGGGAAGAAAUUUGGUACUGUCCUGGAGGCCCUGGAGAAGGGGCAGCCUGUGGAUCUGAGUGGCAUGCCCCCAGCACCUGAGGAUCUGAAGACCCUCACACAGGCUUCCAAGGCCCCCACAGCAACUGGAGCUCUGUCCCCAGCAGUGGAGCAAGUGCAGCCAGUGAUGGCCUCUGACCUCCCAGCCACCCCAGUGGCCUCUGCAGAGCCAAAAACAGUGCUGGAUGCUUUACAGCAGAGGUUGAACAGGUACCGGGAGGCAGGCAUCCAGGCCCGGGCCAAUGGGGAUGAGCGCAAGGCCAGGAUGCAUGAUCGAAUUGCCAAGCAAUAUCAGGAUGCUGUUCGAGCUCAUCAAGCAGGGCAGAAAGUUGACUUUGCUGAGUUACCUGUUCCUCCAGGAUUUCCUCCCAUCCCUGGCCUGGAGACCCGGAAAGGUAUCCAGGAGGAUUCAAUGGCAGCAACUUUAGCAACUGCCCAAAAACUGGCCUCAGAAGAUGCAGACCUGGUAGAUGAAGAUGAGGAGAGUGACAGCCCAACACAGGCCCCAGUGGCCAAGAAGCCAGCACAGCCUCUGGCUCCUUCAUCUCGUCUUCUGACAGAGCCCAAGGCCUCGGGUUCUAAGGAACCACUGAGUCCAUCUGCUCGGGAGCAGCUGGCGCUGCUGGAGGCUCGGAAACUACAAUACCAACGAGCAGCUCUGCAAGCCAAGCGCAGGCAGGAGCUGGAGCAGGCCAAAUCCCACUUACGAGUGGCUAAAAGUCUUGAGGCCCAGAUCAUCCAGGUCCGAGCAGGUCAACCCAUUGACCUCUCCAAGGUGCCUUCACCCUUGACAGAUGAAGAGGGCGACUUCAUCCUCAUUCACCAUGAGGAUCUGCGACUCUCCCAGAAGGCUGAGGAGGUGUAUGUCCAGCUACAGAAAAUACUCCUGGAGCAGCAUGAGAAGUGCCUGCUGUUCUCCAAGCAGUUCAUGCACCAGGGCAAUGUGGCUGAGACUACCCGGUUUGAGAAGCUUGCUCAGGACCGAAAGAAACAGCUUGAGAUCCUGCAGCUAGCCCAGGCCCAGGGCCUUGACCCUCCCAGCCACCACUUUGAAUUGAAGACAUUCCAGACUGUGAGGAUCUUCUCAGAACUCAACAGCACAGAAAUGCAUCUGAUCGUCGUCCGGGGAAUGAACCUCCCAGCCCCACCAGGAGUGACUCCCGAUGACUUGGAUGCUUUUGUGCGCUUUGAGUUUCACUACCCUAACUCGGACCAGGCUCAAAAAAGCAAAACAGCCGUGGUAAAGAAUACAAACUCUCCAGAAUUUGAACAAGUUUUCAAACUAAACAUCAACCGAAAUCACCGGGGCUUUAAGAGGGUGAUCCAGAGCAAAGGAAUCAAAUUUGAGAUCUUCCACAAAGGAUCCUUUUUUAGAAGUGACAAGCUGGUUGGCACAGCACACCUGAAAUUGGAAAGGCUGGAGAAUGAGUGUGAGAUCAGAGAGAUCAUGGAGGUUCUGGACGGAAGAAAGCCCACUGGGGGAAAGCUGGAGGUGAAGGUGAGGCUUCGGGAGCCUCUGAGCAGCCAGGAUGUGCAGAUGGUCACCGAGAACUGGCUGAUCCUGGAGCCUAGGGGCUUGUGAGGUGGUCAGCCCUGGGAGAUAAUCGGCCAGCACUGGUUCCAGCUCACUGACCCAGCUUUGCUGGCUGCAAGAGCCUCUGUACAUGAGAGAUGCUGCUACCCAAGCGCCAAAGACCCGUGAACUAACCGCUGCCUGGGCUUUCCUCAUGCUGCCUCUCCUGGGCCUCUGUGGAAGCAGAUCCUAGGAGCUUCUCCUACAGCCUCCCACCCCCCAGAUGUGGGUGAAGACAAGGAUACCCCCCUUGCUCUGUGCCAUAGAGUUCUAUUGCCCCUUAACCUCUGCAUAGUAAUGACGGACAGUUUACUCCAGUCCCCAGUUGCUCCAUUUCUGGAUGUGCCUUUCAAAGAUGUAACUGUAAGGGAUGGGAGAUUUGAGGGUGAUCGGAAACCUUCCCUGCUUAGGGGAGGGGCGAAUUCCGUGACUCCAGCUCGUCAGUGGCAGCCUGUCCUGCUCAGCUGUUUCCCCUCUGCCUGUGCCUUUGGUCCUGACACCUGCUGCACUAGCCUUCCUGCUUCUCAGGGGACUCAGGAAGAGGAAAGUUACUUUGGUACUAUUGGUGGGAAGGGGAAGAUUUUCUUGGUUUUGGUCCAUGUACCUAAGAUGUUAACUGGGAAGAAAAAAAAAAAAAAAAAAAGAUCAGUUCUGUGUAGCCAUUUUUAUUUUAAAACUAGGUCUAAUUCCCUGUAAGGACUUUAUAUUCUAAACUGUUAAUUUACUGUCAAAGUCUUCAAACGCCCUGUUCCCGGUCACUCUAAAAGCCAAAGCAGCAGUAUUGUGUGUGCACUGCACCUGUGCAUUCCUCUUGUGAGAAGGCCUGUCCUUGAGCUGAUCACUUGGCUAACCCCAAGUUCUAUAGCUUUUGUGGUGAAUGGAUGGAAAUGAAGGGACAGGUAGUUGCAGCAGAGUUAAUAUUCACAAAUACAUUAUUCUAGAUUCCUCAGAAAUCAGCACCUCAACUCUUCCCAUUUUAAAGC